AUGGGAGUUAGUGGACCUUCUGGAAAUAAGGAAGCAAUCGGAGUGAAAGGGGUGUUCCAGACAAAAUUCAAUGCAGACAGAAGUAUUCAAAAGCACAAGGCACGAUUGGUGGCUAAAGGCUAUGCUAAAAAACACGGAAUAGACUACGAAGAAACAUUCUCACCUGUUGCAAGAUUUGAAACUGAGGAUGGGACAGAACAAGCUAAUGGUCAGCUGUAUAGAAGCUUAGUAGGAGGGGUAAUUUAUUUAACUCACACUAGGCCUGAUAUUUCUCACGAUGUUGGUGUAAACUUCAGGUUUAUGCACAAUCCUUCAAGACAUCAUUUCAGAGCAGCAAAGAGGAUUUUACGAUAUAUAACAGGGACUCUUGAUCUUGUCAUUUGGUACGACCAUGGGAUAAGAUAUAAGCUGAUUGGCUACACUGAUAAUGAUUGGGCAGGAUGUAUAGAGGAUCGAAAAAGCACCUCUGGUUAUGUUUUUAGUAUUGGUUCAGAAGUUGUUUCAUGGAGUUCAAAGAAGCAAGCAACGGUUUUGUUAUCUUCAUAUGAGUCCGAAUAUAUAGCUGCUUCAGCAACAACAUGUCAAGCAAUUUGUUUAAGAAGAUUACUUGGAGAGCUCUAUCAACAGCAAAAGGAAGUAAUAGAAGCACUUUGUAACAACAAGGCUGCAAUUGCAAUGUCCAAGAAUCCUGUUCAUCAUGGAUGA